GUAGUUGUAAAUAAACACCAGACAAGAUGACAUCAAAACUAUGGCUGCUACUGUGUCUACUCACUCUCCAGGAACAUGUGCAUACAGACACCAACACCUCACCACAAGGACUAAAAAAUUUACUAAUAUUUAAUCUAACUCCAGCGGCUACCAAUGAUUCCUGUGCCUAUUUUAAUCUCUAUAAACAUCUUUUCGAAGAAAUGAAUAGUCAAAAUCAUCCAAUGAUACAGGUCUACUAUAAUCGUGUAAUACAAAAACUAUACGAUUCCGUUCCAGCACACAUGCUAUUCCUACAACUUUGGCAGAUUUAUAAUAAAUGUGAUCCUUCAACUUUUGUGGCCAUGGUAAGGGCACAAUUGAGCCUAUUUUGGUUGCAUAAUAUGAACGAAUAUCCGGAUUAUGAUUAUUUGCUAAUGGUGGCCAAUGGUUUAUAUAAAAUCAAAAAUUAUUAUCUCUACAAUAGUCUUAAUACCAGGACUCAGGUGCUCUUCGCAAGGGCUCUCAAAAGUCUACCCAAUUCCCUGCAUCAUUUAUUUGGUCAUCAGGAAUUUUGUCUUAUGAAUCGCAAAUAUCAGGAGAUGUUAUAUCAAACCAACAGUGAUGAAUUUGUGACCAAUCAAGAGAUACGUUUCGCUUUUACUUGGCACUUUAUGAAACGUUAUAAUGAUGGCAAGGGUAAAAUAAAACCCAUUUUUGAUUAUUUCAAUCUAACGUCUUUCGGUGAAGACGAGGAUUAUGAUCUCAUAGAGGAACAAGAGACUACCGAUUUAGUUGGAAUCCCUUCUAGCCUAACUGUAGCUUUAUAUAGUAAACAUUUCAAAAAUUUCUACUCAAGAUGGCCUGUUUAUGAUCAAAAGAUUGGCGGCAAUUUGUCUGGCAUCCCUGAGUUCACCUGGCAACAGGACUAUCACGUUUGGUCUGUUAAAGUUGUGGAUGAUGAUCAGUUGGUGUUCUUUCAAAAUCAAUAUGUUAUGUGUGCCACUUCAUUUUACGAUAAUAAAAGAAGGUUUGUUUUUGGUGUGAAAAAUCGUUCGCUAUUGGAUACUGAAUGCCAGUGGAGUGCUGGCAAGUGCGAUCGCAGAUAAGAGCAGAGGGGGGCAGUGAACAGUAUCGAUUUGUUUUAGUUUUAAGUGAAUAAUUUUUAGUGUUUUUAAGUGCCAAACGAAGUCAUUUAUUUAAUUAAUAAAAAAAUAUUUUUAAUAAUUCAA